CAGAACAACGACCAUGGGCCAGAAGCUGGAAAAGCUGUCUGAGAAAGAUGAAGAGUCACUUGGUAAUUCAGAUUGGUCUGAUCAGACUGGAGAGACACAACAGACAGAGACGACAGAGCAAGAUGAGAGCAGGGAUCAGGAUGAUGGCAGUUUUGCGACCCCACAGAGUACUGGCGGGAUUACCGGGAUCAGCGUCAGUGGCCAGGCGACUGGGCACGCGGGGGAGCACACAGUCACUCCUGCACGUACAGACUCCCAAACUGGGCAGCCAAUCAGGCCUCUAGGUCAGCAGGAGCACCCUCUCAACACCAUGGGAGAGAGGGUGGGUGGAGACAGGGAGAGCCGAAGUGUCACUCGAACUGUAAAGGAGUCAAAAACUGUCCUGGGCCCUGAGGAGAGCAGACCAACUUCAAACAAAAAGCAAGGUUUUCAGAGGAAAGCUGUGGCCUUUUCUUGGACUACAGCUAUGGAGGAGCAGGGAAAUGGGAAGAAAUCUGAAAUUGACUGUAGCAAGUUAGGUCCUGACACUCAAACCAGGGGUCUAACAGCCUCAUGUGAUCCCACGAAUGAGGAGGACUUUGUGGUACUAGAGAGGGAUGAAUCUUGGUUGUCUUCCGAUGGAGAAAAUAAUGACGUCAGGAUAAAAACAGAGAAUCUGCAGUCAUCUAUUAAAAGAAAAGUUGAAGAGGACUCUUCCACUACCUACAGUAAUGGUAAUCUUCCACAACCUUCCACGAAUACCCCUCAGGAAAGGGGGUAUGAGAAUAAAAGCAAGAGAACAUCUGACAGAGUUUUAGUCAAGACUGAGACAGGGGAAGCAUGUGCUAAGAGUUCACCCGCUGCCUGUUUUGAGAGUGAAAUGGGUCAACAUUUGGCUGAAGUGACAGGCAGCAGGUGUCCGCUAAAAGGAGUCAGUCAUGUUGGAGCUGCCCACACUGAGACAACUGGGAGAGGAAAAGCCAAGGAGGAGCAAAAUAUGAAUGACCAUGGCAAGGGGCAAGUUUCUACUAAUUCCUCAUUCCUAACACAGGAAGAGGGGGGUUGGGAGAGAGCUGUCAGGUCAGACCAGAAUCCUUGCUUCAGAGAAUCACAAAAUCAACAUAAGGAAAGCCACAAUUUGGGAUUUAUUGCACAAAAAACACAAGCUGACCAGUAUCAUCAGAACAGGUUUGCUGGUGCUGUCUCUAAGAGGGCUAAAGCAGGUACUCUUAGUUCAUUCACCAAGACAGAGGAUGGCCAAGCGAUCGAUAGAGCAGCAGACUCUCACCCACCAAAGGCCAAGCCCUCUAGCUCUGAAAUAGCACGACUGCAAGACAGUCUCUCAUUUUCAUUGGAACAAUGCGAUUUGAUCCCUUGUCUCCCUCUGCCAGGGAAUGAAGGCAGUGAUGGAAAGAUACAGAUAGCGAGCCUAAAGAGGGAGAGUGAGCUUGUUUGCUUCUCUGCCGUCAUCACCCCUCCACCUUUAACUCAUCUGUUGCCUGAGAAAGACACAACAAUGGCAACACAACUUGAUACAAAUGCAGCCAGUUCACAGACGGUGCCAGGCACCUCACCCGCCUCUCGUGACUCUAAAGACGAGUCUGUGCCAAAAGAAAAGCCCAAAGUUAAAGGUCCACCUCCACCUGUCCCCAAAAAACCUAAAAACCCAUUUAUAAAGCUCAAAACUGCACAAUUAAUGUCUACUGACGUGCAAAGAAGAGGCAAAGAUCAUCUGCGAUCUGAGGAGAAGGUGAAGAGAAGACACACUUUUCAUUUUAACAAAGAUCUUCCAUGCAACGCUCCAAUUAAUCAGGACAUGUGCUUGCUGUGGGAUGAAAAAGGCACUUACGCUGUGCCAGCCAACAUACGACGUCUGUCGGUUGACCUCGGCCCCUGGCAACACCUUUCACUCACACAAAUGGAUGAUAAGUAUGGAGAUAUGAUUGACUAUGACUACUGUGGGCGCGUGGCAAAACUGUCUCCAGAUGAGGAGCCGCAAAACCUGGACAUGUUGCAGAGGAGGGUAUUCCUGGAGAGACAAGCCAGAUAUAAAAGCUCACCUCCUCCUGUUACGAAAAAGCCCCAAAAUCCUUUUGCGUCCACAGAGAGUCUAGACAUACCAGAGGUCACGUCGGGCAAAGAAAUCCAAAGACCAAAACCUGCUUGUUCAGGAAAAAGAGAAAUCUUCCCUGAGCUCCUGUCUGCGAGAGUCAGCACACAGGUCAGCAAUGACAACCACGCUAACUAUGGUUACCGUAAAGAUGUGACUGAUCACAGCACUUAUAGGGAUGCAGGAAGUGGCGGUGAGGUGGGUUCCUACAAGCCUGUGGCAGAAAUUAUCAAGGAAACAAAUCAAAUGCAGAGAGACCAGAGCCGGGUCAGAUCCGAAGGGCCUAAAGCUCAGGUUCGAGUGGCAGAGCAGAGUCCAAGUGUGAAAGUGUCCCAAAUGAAGAAUGCCUUCGAUGUCCCAAAGAAAUCCAAAGAGAGACCACCAGAAGUUCAACCACCUCCAAAGAAAGAUAUGUUGCGGCGAGUUGUGCGACAGAGCAAGUUCCGUCACGUCUUCGGUCAGGCCGUGAGGAACGACCAGUGCUACGAUGACAUCCGUGUCUCCAGGGUCACGUGGGACAGCUCCUUCUGUGCCGUCAACCCCAAGUUUGUUGCCAUCAUCAUAGAGGCCAGCGGGGGAGGAGCCUUUCUUGUCCUUCCUCUACAAAAGACCGGCCGCAUAGACAAGGUCUACCCAACAGUAUGUGGUCACACAGGCCCAGUGUUGGACAUCGACUGGUGUCCUCACAAUGACCUCGUUAUUGCGAGCGGCUCAGAGGACUGCACAGUCAUGGUUUGGCAGAUCCCUGAGAACGGGCUGGAGAAUCCCCUCUCAGACCCUGUGGUGGUGUUAGAGGGCCACUCUAAGAGGGUUGGCAUUGUGUCUUGGCAUCCCACCGCUCGCAAUGUUCUCCUCAGUGCAGGGUGCGACAACCAGAUCAUCAUCUGGAAUGUGGGCACGGGGGAGGCCAUGAUCAACCUGGAGGACAUGCACCCCGAUGUUAUCUUUAGUGUCAGCUGGAGCCGCAACGGCAGCCUGCUCUGCACCGCCUGCAAGGACAAGAAGGUCCGUGUCAUCGACCCCCGUAAGAAAAAGAUUGUGACGGAGAAGGACAAAGCCCACGAGGGAGCUCGACCAAUGAGAGCCAUCUUUUUAGCAGACGGAAACAUUUUCACCACCGGAUUCAGCCGCAUGAGCGAGCGCCAGCUAGCCCUGUGGAAAAGUGACAACAUGGAUGAGCCAAUAUGUGUUCAAGAGAUGGACACCAGUAAUGGAGUUCUGCUGCCAUUCUACGACCCUGACACCAAUGUAGUCUACCUGUGUGGAAAGGGUGACAGCAGCAUCCGGUACUUUGAGAUCACAGAUGAGGCACCGUUUGUUCACUACCUCAACACCUUUUCCACCAAGGAGCCCCAGAGGGGCAUGGGAUACAUGCCCAAAAGAGGCCUGGAUGUCAACAAGUGUGAAAUUGCAAGGUUUUACAAAUUACAUGAGAGAAAAUGUGAACCAAUCAUCAUGACAGUCCCACGUAAGUCGGAUCUGUUCCAGGACGACCUGUACCCGGACACAGCCGGCCCUGACCCCGCCCUGGAGGCAGAGGAGUGGUUUGCCGGCAAGAACGGAGGCCCCAUCCUCAUCUCACUCAAAGACGGCUACGUCUCCACGAAGAACCGGGAUCUGAAAGUGGUCAAGACGAACGUCCUGGAGACCAAGCCGGCCACAAAAGCAGAGCACAGCAUCUCGACUGUCCAGAAGCACGCUUCUCCACAGCCCUCAGUAAAAAUGGAAGACAAACUGGAAGAGGUACUCCGAGAGUUCAAGUCACUCAGGGACCGCGUCAUCCUUCAAGACCGUCGAAUCGCCAGACUGGAAGAGCAGGUUGCCAAGGUCGCCAUGUAAGAAGCAGGCCCCACUCCCACCCCCACCCCACUUCCCAGGACCAUCGGUUGUUCUGGAGAGAAUCGAACAGACGGGCAGGCGGGGGGUGGUCAGCCACGGCCAAAUUUUCAAGAUUCGGCUUCAUCCGGCUUGGCGUCGUCUCCAUGGUGAGUCCAAGCCUACAUUCCAAGAUGAACUUUUUUUUUUCCCUCAUCAAGCCUCCCAGGUUUCACACUUCGCCCUGACACACACUGAGAAAAGGAAAAACUCUUGCAGCUCAUGUACACAUUUGAAGAAGAGACAUUUUGUUGAAGGAAAAGUCUUAACUCUUUUUUUGUUUGUUUGUUUUUUGUUUUUUUUGUUUUCAAAUCGUGGUAAAACAUUCUUAUGUGAAGUUUGUACUCAAAAACUGUAUGUAGCAUCACUAUUUCCAUUGUUCUUUUUUUGUGUUGCCAAAUAUGAAUCGUGUGCGGUUUCAUGCACUGCUUUUACAUUUAUUUUCUCUCCUGUUGUACAUUCCAGUCACAACCUGGUAGAAUGAGUUAGUUGAGCUGGAUUUCUCUUUUUUUUAAACAAUAGCUGUCGAACUUCUUUCCUCCCACCAGUUUGCUCAUUGCUAACCAUCAGAUUUAUGAAUGUGGAAGAAUUCCUUCUAAAACAUUUUGUUCCUGUUCUUCUGGGAUUGAAAUUUAACAUCGGGUUUUAAUGGGAAGGGGUUGGGGGUGGGCGGGAGGGCGGGUUGCAUCUCUCUGGUGUAAAUGUUGUGCAAAUGUAGUGGUGCCUCUUGUCACUGUUAAGGGUCAAACUUAAAAGUCACCCUCUCCAGUGCGUAUUUGGUGUUGGGAAGGGACCACUCACCCAGCUUGUGUUUCACUGAACCCCUGACAAACAGUUCUGUGCACAUAAUAAAGAUUUUACACAUGAAAA